AUGCCCAACGAAACCGAUGUUCCAGCUAUCUCGAUAGAAGCUGUCUUCCUAGAGAAACCAACUCAGGAUGAUAAGCACAAAACUCCUGAACCGAACAGCGACGUCGCUGAAGCGGCCAAGCCGGUUUAUGACUUUCGCUUCUGGGUUGUAUUCGCCAUGCUCAUGCUUUCUGGUGCUAUCACGGCACUUGAUUUUACCAUUCCAGCCGUCGCACUACCCAGCAUUGCCCGCGAACUUAACGCCGACGCUGACUAUGCUUGGAUAUCUGGUUCCUUUGGCGUAUCGUCAGCAGUGGCUCAGCCAUUUUACGCCCAACUUGCCGACAGUUUCGGGCGCAAGCCGGUCAUGCUUACCUGCAUCGCCAUCUUCACGCUGGGAAGCGGUCUUUGCGGCGGAGCGAACUCGUCUGAAAUGCUUAUUGCUGCUCGCACCAUUCAAGGUCUAGGUGCGGGGGGAAUGAUGGUGGUCACGGACGUCAUUUUCUGCGAUAUUGUGCCACUUCGCGAUCGCGGUCGAUACAUGGCGAUGCUGAUGUCGCUAUCAUCAGUGUUGAUGGCGGCGGGACCAGUCAUAGGCGGCGCGAUCGUUCAACAGACCACCUGGCGCUGGGUGUUCUACCUGCAGCUGCCUGUGUGCGGCGUGACGCUCGUGGCACUCUCUUCUUUCCUCCGCUUAAACCACAAACGAGACAAGAACUGGUGGAACAACGUGAAACGGCUAGAUCACAUCGGCAACGCCAUCUUUUCUGGCUCGUUGGUGCUUUUCCUCGUCGCACUACACCAAGGGGGACAUUCCAAUGUCUGGAAUAGUCCCCAGGUCAUCGCUCCGUUGGUCAUUGGCGGGGUGGGCCUCAUCUUAUUCAUCUUCUAUGAGCGAUCCAACUGCUGCGAGCAGCCCAUGAUGCCAAAGGUCAUUUACAGCACUCGAACCGGUGCCAGCGCUAUUCUCAUCACACUUCUUGCCUGCAUGUUAGCAGUUUGGGUCCCCUAUUUUCUUACCGUCUAUUUCCAAGCAGUCAAACAGAUGUCCCCAGGGCGAACCGGUGUUUCUCUCCUACCGCAGUCCGUGGUCAUCCUUCCAUUUGCCAUGAUUGGUGGUUCGCUACUCUCUAAGUUCGGAAAAUACAAGCCUAUUCACUUUGUUGCACAAGCGGGCAUGUCGAUCGGACUGGGCCUGUUCACGAUGCUGGACGAUACGACGCCAGUCGCUGUCUGGGCUGUCUUCCAGAUCAUCUUCGCCAUGGCUUCCGGCCUCGAGCUGGCCGCCCUUUUACCCGCCGUCCAAGCACCUCUUCCAGAACAGUACGUUGCCAGUUCCACUGCCCUCUUUUCGUUCAUGCGCAGCGUGGGCAAAGCAUGCGGAAUUAUUCUUGCAUCUGUGAUUUUCAAUUCCCAAGUCGAACGGAUGGCUCAUACCGUGCCGGACGAGUCUCUGCAGAGGCAAUUGCGUAACGGCGGCGCGUUUGGCCUGGCGUCUCCAGAGUUCAUCCAAUCCGUACCUGCCAAUUUACGCCCGGCAGUUCUGACUCUCUACACGAAAGCACUGUCAUACACGUGGUAUGGAGGGUUGGGCAUUGCAUUGAUCGGCUUCCUCUUUGUAUUUUUUGAAAAGUCUAUCCCGCUACGGACCACUUUAGAAACAGAGUACGGAUUAGCGAGAAAUGAGAAUCAGAGAGACUAG